AAUAUCAGCAGAAUAUCUGGAACGCCACAUUCAUCAAGAGGCAGCAUCCUCCAACCAACACAGGGUCCAAAAUGGAGUAACGCUGAACACCGUACAGUCGGGAAUCCCACUGAAUGUUCUCUCAGUUUCAAACGGAAAGUUUUGCGUCGCAGGUGAAAAUUGAGACUUCUAAAAACCACUGUGAGGAAAUCGCCUUCGUUGUUCCUGCUGUCUAGCUAGCUGCGCAGAACAGGUGUUCAUUGUGACUGCCUGUGUUCCAGUGAAGAAUGGAGCCUUCAGAGCAGGCAGGCCCAGACUCCGGCUCUCAGGAUGUCAACCCUGUCUUCCUGCAGCAGCUCAGAGAGCUGGACAUCCCAGAGGAGGCAGCCAAACAGGCACUUCUACACACUCGGAACGUGUCUGCCGAGGAGGCGGCAAUGUACUACUUCAACAAGCUGGAGAAUGAGGAAGAGGGGGACGAUGACCUCAUGUUCAAGAUGGUGUUUGUGGUGAACAUGGACCUGGCCAUGGGGGUCGGAAAGGUGGCAGCCCAGGUUGGGCACGCUGCUGUGGGUUUGUACCAGGCUCUACAAGAGAAGAACAGCUGGAGGGAGAUGGCCUGGAAGUGGGACCACAGUGGAUCCAAGAAGGUGGUGGUCCAGGGGACUAAUGUGGCUCAUCUACUGGAGCUGCAGGCCCUGGCCAUGAGCCUCAGUCUACCCGCCUACCUGGUCCAAGAUGCAGGGCUCACCCAGGUGGAAGCUGGGUCGCGCACCGUGCUGGCCAUUCUUGGGGAGGAAGAGAUGGUGAACAACGUCACUGGGAGUCUGAAGCUGCUUUGAGGGGCUGACCCCCACGGUGGGGGAGGCAUUGCUCUGCAGUGCCACUGUGCAUCCAGCAGAAGGCAUUAUUUCCCAGCGGCGGGGAGAGUCUUGGCAUGCAAGCGGCAACCUUUACAAAAAAAAAAGACCUGAAGAACAAGGGAAAUCCAGACAUGUCCCAACACCAGAAACAAACCCCCUCAGCCAUUUGUUUCCCUUUCAUUCUUUGUCUGAGCCGCUUAGCCGGCCUUAAGAGCAGGAGGGGAGAGAGCACGGUUGUUCACAGGGUAACGAGGCGUAGGCCGUUGAAUUUUCUUUUUCUGGUGACCUUUCUCUUUUCACACAGGCAACUUACUUACUAAAGUCUUAUUAGAACACUUCAAACUCCUUGAGUAUGUGGUCCAGUUUCAGAUAUGGCAAAGUUAAAAAAGUUGAGUUGGUGGCCGACCAAUAUGCUUAUUCAAGGGGCAAUGUACUUUAGACAAAUACACGAUGUAAUUAUAAUUAUACCCAUAGCAGACGUAGUAUUUCCCUGUUGGAUCCACUAUUCCUGAGUGAAGGAUAACCUAUUAACUGAUAAUCUGUGAACACUCAUUUUGAUGUUUAAAUGAUUUUGUGUCUGUAUGCAACUUUUUCUCCCAAAGACCCCUAUCCUAUAGAAUCAAUAACAUUACUCAUUAUGGAUAAAUGGCUAUAUAUUGUAUACAUUUGCCUGUUGGCGGGCCAUAUACUGUAUAAUCUGUGGUGUGCCAUCCUGAACCAUAUGCGCAGUUACUGGACUUUGUUGUAUUGUUUUUCUUUGUGCAAAAGGGAGAAAACUCUAAAUUGAAAUGUUUGGAGUUACUGUCAGAAUUGAUGGCGGUCGAGAGGUUAUGUGGAGCCAAAACGUCAUGUAGUAAAGGUCUGCUGGGCUAACGUAUGCACUGACUGCCUGUGAGGGAUAGUUCACUUUAAUGAAGUUGAUCCAUUUACAGCUUGACAAAAUGCAGAUAAUUGUGUGUAUGACAAUUAUUAUAGACUUGGUGAAUAGUCUUGCACACUAUUAAUCUUAAUACACAAAAUUAUGUUUGAGCUGUGUCUAUGUUCUCAUUUACAAAUAGUUGCGGGCAUGAGCUGCCACUCCCAGAAUUCCUGGUUUAAUGUCAAAGAUUUUAUUUGUAACAGAAAUCAUAAAGAAACGGCGGUGGCAUGCAUGCGAUAUGAAAUGUACAUUUGAAUAGACAAGUUGGAAUCCCAAAGUUCUGUCAAUUUUAGUUACAUGUCGACACUUUGAUACCUCCUAUGUUUUACAGCCAUUUGUGUGAGUGCUUCAGACUAUGGAGACAAUUAAAAUGCCUCCAGAUUAAGUAACAACCAUCUUGAAUCGUGUUUUGUUCUUACACACUUGAACAUACAGACAAUGCAUAUGAGAGAGGGGCUGGAGCAGUGUGGGGGAGGGUGGCCAUAUUGCAGUGCGUGGUUAGGACCGGCCAUAUUACAUUGCUUUUUCACCGCAGUAACUGGCAGCAUUGUGAAAUAUGGCCACUGCCGACCAUGAGAGUCCGGCCGGGGAGCUUGUAAAUAUUAACCUCAUGACGUGCAGUUGGAAAUAACUCUGGGGGUCGUGUUUAUUUAGUAGCCUACAACCGAGUAGAUACCACAGAGAGGAAGUCAUUCCUAGAAAAUAAUUGCAUAUCCAGUUGAAAGUAUAAAUAACCAAGGGAAGUUGGUUAUUACUGUAGGGCGUAGCCUUCAUUUCAUAUUAUAUCAUUGAUCUAUUACAAAUAUGCAUUGUCGUCAGUGGCUUAGCAGGAUUGUGUUCACACCUGUUACUAAUGCAAGGUAAUGUGAAUGUUUACAUAAUUUCCAUAGCGUGAUACUAUUAUGAUGGUUUGACAGCACAUUGCUAUUUUAAUGUCAAGUGUCACAGUAAGGUGUACAAUCUCGUGUAAUACUAUUAAACCACAUCCGGAU